CGAGGCCGGACUCCCAGGGGGCAGAAUGAAGUAGACUUCAGACCCUUAUCAUGGCGGCGCCGUUCGGGCGGGACAGCUUACCUGAACACUGGACGUAUGGAGUCUGCCAGGAUGGAAGGGUGUUUUUCAUUAAUGAUGAAACGCGCACCACUACUUGGCUGCAUCCCCGAACUGGCGAGCCUGUCAAUUCCGGACAUAUGAUACGAUCAGAUUUACCGAGAGGAUGGGAAGAGGGUUUCUCGACCGAAGGAGCCAGUUAUUUUAUUAACCAUAACCAGCAGACGACCACGUACUGGCACCCCGUGACGGGACAGCUCUCGCCCGAAAACGCCGAGUUCCUGCUACAGGAUCUCCCCCCAGUGACGGUGCGCAUGUCCGCUGUGCAGCCCCCCCAGACGGACCCCUACCCUCCCAGUGAGCUCACCGAGGCACCCACUGCCACCACCGUGCCCCCGGGCUCUGGAAACCACACCUCCAAGAGCCACAGAUCGUCCAGUCGUGUGUACAGCUUUGGGAAGCGGGAACAGUCUAUCAAGAGGAACCCUAACAUUCCUGUGGUGGUGCGGGGAUGGCUCUACAAACAGGACAGCUCAGGCUUGCGUCUGUGGAAGAGGAAAUGGUUCGUGUUGGCUGAUUACUGCCUGUUUUAUUACAAAGACAGCAGAGAGGAGUCGGUCCUAGGAAGCAUUCCUCUGCCCAGUUACGUCAUCUCCCCAGUCGACCCCGAUGACCACAUCAGCCGCAAGUUUGCCUUCAAGGCUACUCACACGGGCAUGCGCUCCUUCAUCUACAGUAAGAGUGCUCUGAUUGGCUCGCAGGCGGAGCAUGGUGGCAUGAGGACGUACUACUUCAGCGCAGACACACAAGAGGACAUGAACGGCUGGAUCAGAGCCAUGAACCAGGCGGCUCUCAUGCAAAACCACCAGAACCACGGUGUGAGAGUGUCAGAGAAACUUGAGAAGUCCGAGCAUCUGAUUGACGCAGAAGAGAUGGAACCUGAGCACAAAGCGGCCGAGCCCCAGACCAAUCACAUCACGGUCAGACCUCUUAACCCCGCCCAGAUGGAGGUGGACGCCCCGCCCAACGGCCCGCUGAGGCCAGACCGGGAGGAGGCCGUCCAGGAGAUGGCGCUGGAGGCUCCGUCGGUGGAGGAGGAGCCUGGCAAAGCGCCGUCCAGCGGGGCCACCGGCGAAGAAGAGGCCUUCCUGACGGGCUCCGACUCCCGGCCUCCGUCCCGCGGCCCGUCGCGGGGUCCGUCGCGAGGCCCCUCAUCCUGGGGGCCCCCCUCCCGACCCCCCUCCACGGUGCCCAACGGCUCCCUGCCGGAGGUGAACGGCAUCGGGGGAGGCGUGGGCAUGGGCAUGGCGGUGGGCGUGGUGAGCAGGGGGCCGACCCCGCGGGCCGACGGCGGCGCCCAGGCGCAGAGGAAGAGCAUGCUGGAGCAGGUGGAGCACUGGGUCAAAGUGCAGAAGGACGAGCAGAGAGCGACUCUGACGCGACGGCCAAAGUCCACCCAGCCUGUCAGCACAGUGGUGGAGGUCUACCACUCCAACGCCCCCCAGUCGUACCACAGCAACCCUCGCCAGCCGUACCCGCCCAACCAGGCGCAGUCCUACCAGACCCUGCCCAAGACCCCGCCCAGCCAGCGCCAGCGGCUGCCCAGCGACUACAAGUACGCGCAGGACCGGGUCAGUCACUUCCAGCUGACGCACGGCCACCCGCCGACGGCCGGCAAGGACAAGACCGUGUGGCAGCUGUACGAGUGGCAGCAGCGGCAGCGCUACAGGCACGCCAGCCCCACCGCCCCCCUCUACAACCCCAGCCCAGACUACCCCGGCCCACGACUGGGCUACUCCGCAUCCCAAAAGAAGGACAAGCCCAGGUCCAUCCCUGUGCCCCCAACCAUGGCUGACAUCCCCCCUCCCGGGCCACCGCGAACCAGACAGUCGUCGCCCCGGCGACCGCACACCCCUGCCAACCGCGUCACCGUCCAGCCGCUGGACCAGAGGCCGGUGGUGGAGGUGCCCCCGUCUGCAUCGCCACGGCGACAACACACACACAAGUCGGCGACUGUGGACAGACGCUCCAUGCCUCCGUCAGGUUACAUAACCCACACAGUCAGCGCGCCGAGUCUCUACGGGAAGACGGUGGAUGACACUUAUGUGCAGCUGAAGAAAGACCUGGAGUACCUGGACCUAAAGGUGAUUGCCCCAGACACGCUGACGGGGCGGACUGGGAAGCCGGUGAAGGUCGCCGAGAGCGACAUGGAUGUUCAACUCAGCAGACUGUGUGAGCAAGACAAAAUCCUCCAGGAGCUGCAAGCCAAGAUCAGUGCCCUCAAAGAGGACAAGGAUAAGCUGGAGUCGGUGCUGGACGUGUCCCACCAGCAGAUGGAGCUGUACCAGGACCAGCCGGCCCACGCCGACAAGAUCGCCUGCCAGCAGAGACUGCUGCAGGAGGACGUGGUGCACAUCCGCGCAGAGAUAUCCUGGGUCUCCACGGAGAUGGAGCGCUCCUGGCUGGAGUACUGCAGGCAAGAACAGUGUGUGCUCCAACUAAGAGAAGCACUUCAGGGCCAGAUGGAGCUCUGCACCGACCCACAGGAGAAAGCUCAAAUGAAGAGAGAACUGUGGAGGAUUGAAGAUGUCAUGGCAGGUUUAAGCACCAACAAAGCCAACUAUAAAAUCACCAUCAACUCAGUGCAGAACCCAGAGCGGAAACUUGCCCCAUCUGUGCCUGAGUCUAGCGUGCCUUCUCGGUGUAUGACCCCUGCUCUGGGAGAGAGGUCGUCGCGGAGCAGCCCUCUCCUCACAGAGAACCCCCCCAUCCAGUGGCAGCCACCCCCAACACACACUUCAGUGCCAACGUGGGUGGAGGAUGCACCCCCUCCCCGCCCCCCGCUGCCCCUCCUGUAUGACGGCGAGGACAUGCCACCGGCCGUUCCCCCGCUCCCCAAGGAGGCAGCCGUCAUCAGGCACAUGUCGGUCCGAGGCCUCAAACGCCAGUCGGACGGGAGGAGGCGCGACCGAGAGGGCCACUACACCGUAGACAGCAAGGUGGAGUUGCGAUCGUACCUCAGUGAGCCUGAGCUGGCAGGAAAUGGCCAGGGGCGUGCUGAGGGCAGUUUCCAGACGCUGCCAAACAAAGGUCUAUCUGGUUCGUCCUCCAGGAUAUACCAAACGGGCCAUGUGUCCUCAUUUGUCACGAUGAGGAAAGGCAGUGACUUCCGAGGAGGUUUACAGGAGAGACCGAAGAGUGCCUUGGAGAGGCUGUACGGCUCCGACUCCCAGCAGGCCGAGCAGCCUCAGCCGCGCGGGCGCAUGAGCGCCGAGGAGCAGCUGGAGCGGAUGAAGCGCCACCAGAGGGCGCUGGUGCGGGAGCGCAAACGCAACCUCAGCCAGGGCGAGCGCCACUCCAGCGUCUCCACGACCACCUCCCGACCCUCGACCUCUGACCCCGCCUCACAAAAUAAGGAGCAGGAUUUGGAUUCACAGCUGCUGGAGAGAACAGUACCCAGAGAGGAGCAGUGGACUGCUGGAGGGAGGGGCAGUGAAAGCCUGAAUGGGCCCAGCCAAUCAGAAGCCGUGAGCAAUGAUGGGGAGUGGCUUACAGCGUUUGCUGUGCCCAUGAGAGAGCAGAGAGAACAAGAUCUCGAACCUGUGGACUUUGAGUUUGAUAUCAGCAGAGAGCUGGCUACUCCACAGAAGGUGCCAAUCCCCAGACGCUAUGUGGACCUGGAGGAGAGCCUGACCUCUGAGGAGAUGGAGGCUCGCGACCUUAAAGCGGAGAAGAUCAAGAAUCUCCUCGCCAAAUCAAGUGGUCAGACAGUGGACACUGCAGAGCUGGACUCCGCCCUGCAGCAGAGGGAGAGGAUUGUGGGUAUUCCGCGUGCCUUGGCAUCUGAGGCAUCGAUCAAGAUCAAGCAGGCCGCUGCAGCCAGAGCCUACCUUGGACAAUGAGCGGCAAUGUGCAAUGGCCUGCUCGCCUGGAUUCAAGUCUUUCCAUUUGCAAUCAAUAUAAAAUAUUUAACGCUUCACUGAAAAUGAUGUCUCCUAUUUAUGGCCCACAAGUGCUUUGUGUUAGACCACAAUGUUUUGUACAUUUAUUUUAAUCCGUGUUUGAGCCAGAUACACAUGCUUUGCCUUGUUUCUAAUAUGGCAUAAUACCUGGUUUGUUUUGCACUUGUAACUUGUACUUGUUUGAUAUCUCCAACAAAAUCAAACACUCCAAUAUUUGAAUCCAACUUUGCAAGAGAAUAGUCUUCUUAUUUUGACAAAUACUGUAUUUUCUGUUCAUAGUAUCAAUAUCUUUGUGGAAGCAAUGGAGAAAAACUGUAAUAAUUAUCUUUUUAUACACUAUGACGUAUGACUAUGGUUGACUCUGACAAAAACAUGCACUGUGUGUAUUGCAGUUUGGUCAAAUUCUGAGUAUUUUUAAUUUUGCUGCUAAAUGAGAUUUUGUUUUAAAAGUUUGAAAAUGAGUCACAUGAAUUAAAUGUUAAUAUUGUA